AUGGAAGGAAUACUCACACCUGAGACGUCUGUUUUACUCAUUGUAGUUGGUUUUUGUGGACUUAUCUUGACUUUUCUUAACUUUGGGGGUCAGCUUCUUUUUCACUUUUGUUAUAGGCAACUGGAUUCCGUUGUUAACAAGAUUCACUUCUAUCUAGCCAUCUUCAACAGGGAGUCACUGAAUGCUCCUGGAUGUGAUGCAAUCCAUAUAACUGAAAUUGAAAUAGACAUUGAUUGCGACACUUUCAUACCAUCUAUCAACACUUUAGAAUUCCAACCAUGGUAUUCGUCAUUCCCACAACUUGAGAAUGGAAUCCUCCAUUCCUUCACUACAUAUAUUCGUGUGAAAAGCUCAGGAAUUGAAGCCCCCAAGGUAAAAACAAUGGAAAAGGGUAGCCAAUCUUAUGCCACAAGGAAAGCCAUGACUGAUGAUGAAAUAGUAGAGAUAGUGUUGUUCCCUGUGGUGAAUGAAGCAUGUCAUGUUUUAGAGGAAAAAAUUAUUGUUAAAGCAUCCGAUCUUGACAUUGCAUCUUUUCUUGGGAUGAGUUUUCCUUUGAUAUCGGUAUGUUCAUAA